UUCUGAACUGUUUGAUCUGAGUUCUCCCGAUUUGUUAAGUGUGUUAGCUACUAUUGAUUUUAUGCUCUAGUUCACUUUCAUUUUAUAGAAUAUCACCAUGUCGGUGGCGUUUGCACCUCACAGGCAGCGUGGGAAGGGUGAUAUAACACCCGCUGGAAUACAAAAGCUACUUGACGAAAACAACCAGCUGAUCCAGUGUAUAAUGGACUUCCAGAGUAAAGGCAAAACCGCAGAGUGUUCACAGUAUCAACAGAUGCUGCACAGAAAUUUAGUGUACCUUGCCACGAUAGCAGACUCCAAUCAGAACAUGCAGUCUCUCCUCCCUGCUCCGCCCACUCAAAACAUGCCUAUGGGCCCUGGUGGAAUGAACCAAAGUGGACCCCCUCCUCAGCCUCCUCACGGCCACAACAUGCCCUCUGAGGGUAUGGUCAGUGGUGGCCCUCCAGCCCCACACAUGCAGAACCAGAUGAAUGGACAGAUGCCUGGGCCAAAUCACAUGCCGAUGCAAGGUCCCGGUCCAGGCCCCAACCAGCCCCCAAACAUGCCCAGUGGCUCAAUGAAUAUGCCCCCCAGCAGCCAUGGCUCGAUGGGUGGUUACAAUCACACCGUCCCGGCCUCCCAGGGCAUGCCAGCUCAGAGCCAAAUGAACAUGACCCAAGGCCAACCCAUGGGAAACUAUGGGCCUCGGCCAAACAUGAACAUGCAGCCCAAUCAAGGCCCCAUGAUGCACCAGCAGCCUCCCUCCCAGCAGUAUAACAUGCCUCCUGGUGGUGGUGGACAGCACUACCAAGGACAACAGAACCCAAUGGGCAUGAUGGGCCAGGUCAACCAAGGGAACCAUGUCAUGGGGCAGAGGCCAAUGCCACCAUACAGACCUCCACAGCAAGGUAAUGCCCAGUAUGGCCAGCAGCAGGAAGCAUACCAGCAAGGCCCUCCCCAGCAGCAGGGCUACCCUCCUCAACAGCAGUACCCGGGUCAACAGGGCUACCCACCACAGCAGCAGGGCUACGGUCCCUCCCAAAGUGCCCCAGGACAGUAUCCCAACUAUCCUCAGGGGCAGGGACAGCAGUAUGGGGGCUAUCGCCCUCCUCAACCUGGACCCCCACAGGGCCAGCAGCAACGCCCUUACGGUUAUGACCAGGGGCACAUGAGGAAAUAAAGACCCGGGGAUUUGAACCCCUGACUAGCUCUGUAAGAAGCAAAGGGCCAGUAUGGAAAUUACCAGCAAUGAGAGAUGGUCACAGCAACCCACACAGCUCUGCUCUGAUCUCUGUCUGAGUUUUGACCUCUGGUCAUCCGCUCAGCAGACUUUAAUGAUGGUUGCGGCUCACUGAGAUUUCUCUCUCAGACAUGAACAUACAACACUCAAAAAUACAAGAUACGUUUCCCCGUCUCUUUAGGCUCUUAUCCUUGCCUGUAAAAUGUAUUCUGUUUAUCAUGUACAUUGACUCGAUAAUGUCAAAGUCCACAACUCACCCUCUGGUCCAGUAUGUCUCAAAGCAGCAAUGCCUUAAAAAUGGAACUGCCUUAUCCUUCAGCAUUGCAGAUUGUGAAACGAGCUAACAAAAUUUUGGAUAUCAGAGAUGAUUUAAAUGUACAGUUUCAAUCUACUGUGGUGCAUUGUUUCUCUAUCAUUCAGCUCCCUGUUCAUAAGAAGCAAUAAUGCCAGCAGUAGGGAAAUGUGUGGGGGCUUAGAGAUGAAAUGAUGCACCAGACAAACUUCCCGCUAGGCCAUGGUACAUGUCUUGAUGUAUGUGAUGAUGUAAAAAUAUAUUUUAUGCUUUUUAGACCAAGCUAACUUUGUAUAAGACAUUGGAAACUAGUACUAAAGCUGUGUUGUUUAUUUCAUAAAGUGUAUGUGUCAAUGUUUUUUUUAUGAUCUUAAAUGAUGAUCCCAUCCAGCACAUUUUGUUUUGUUUUUUGAUUUCUUUGGUUGUGUUGAAUUGUGUAACUAUUGAUUUGGAUCUGCUACUUCAGUGACACGGACACUGUUCAAAUUCUUUGUGGAAAAAUGAAAACUUAAUUGACAUGCAGAGAAAAUCUUUCAAGGAUAAAUGCCAACAGCAGACCCGGAAUUAGAAGAUGUUAAAUGUCUGAAAUCAUGUAACAGUUGCUAUAGUCUGUGUUGAGCUGUGUUUUUAAGUCAGUGAAAAAUAUAUAUCAAAUUUGGUUCAUGAACAGAUUACCUGACAGAAUAAUGGCCGUCGUUCUUCAUUUAACAUGUGCUCAAAGAGGUGAUAUGUAGCAGAAGCCACUGCGAACUGUAAGAUAAUGCUCUCUGGAGCCUUUUUUUUCUAUACAAGCACCUCAAUCUUGUCCAUUGACUGCAAAGUGGUGAAUGGGAAAGAUGAAACUCGGUAUAAUAAAUAUUUCUGACAAGUAGUUUGUUUUGUUAGUCUUGACAAUGCUGGAAACCCUUCUCCCCUUUGAAUAAAUGUCUAAGUUGAUGUCAUUCAAAUAGUGUUGUGUGUGAAUAAUAAAGAUUGUUACUGUCAAAUAUGUAACAUAAGAUGUGAAAAUAAUGUUCUGAAAUGGAUUCCUUAAUUUCACAGUAAAGACUGGUUGUGCAGUUUUAUAUCACUGGCUUGAUAUCUGUUUUAUGGUGCAUACUUUAUUGAUCCCAUAUGUACAGCAACAUAAAGAAGAGGAAAUCCAUGUCCUCUGGUAUUGUUUAUAUAUGGCUGUUUUAAUAUUUUGCAUUCUGCACCCCAUCCAAGUGGUGGUCACAUUUGUGUCAUGGCAAUGUAUAACUGUACAUUAUAAUAAAUUGGAAGAAGCUUUAAUAUA